AUGCCCUCACACAAGAGCAAGAACAGCGGCAGUGGCGCCCCUCCGCCGCCGCCGCCGCCGCGGCCGGACCCCGUCACACUCGAGCAGAUCUACGCUGGCCUCACGGCCGCGGAUGUGGCGAUGGAAGAGCGCGCGUACUUCCUCGUCGCGCUGAGCACGGUCGCCUUCCACCCGAGCGUCAAGCUGUUCCUCUUUGAGCACACACCGCUGCAUGUGCCCGUGGCGAACAGCAGCAGCAGCAGCAGCGAUGCGGGGGUUUCGGGGGUUGCGGCAGAGAACACACGCCGGCGCGAGGCGGUGCUGAAGAACAUCGCAUUCUUCCUUGCGCAGCGCAACAGUGCGGUGGCACAGGAGUGCCGCUGGGAGACCGUCGCGCUGCUCGGCGAGUUGUGCCGCCUCGAAAGCCUCAACCCGCUGCGUCCAGGCGGUGGCGGUGGCAGCAGCAGCAGCGUCAUGUCCCCUCAGCAGGAGGUGGUGCAGAAGAUAAAUCACUACGCCCGUGCCAACCUGGAGUUCCUCACGUUACUGCCGUGGUUUGUGCCGGCGGUGCGGGAGCUUAUUGGCGAAGAUGCCGGUAAUGCCACUACAUCGGAACCGUCCUCGUCGUCUGCCGUGCGUCGAGCGGCGCGGCGAAGCGCAGGCGCCGGUAGCGGAGAGCCUGACAGCAAUGGCGUGUACGAGACGGAUGAGGACGUGCGCAUCGCGUUGAAGGACAUUCUGGCGGCACUGCCGGAAGUCCAGCGGGAUGGUAGUAGUGGCGGUGGCGACGACGGCGCUGCUGCUGCUGCACCGACGGUGGCGUGGUCGGCUGAGCGUCUGGAUCAGGCGCAUGACUUGAUGUUCCUUGAUGCCUCGACAACAAUGCUGCACCUCAUCCCGCUUGUGUCACGCAGCAGCCAUACGCAAUGUGCCCACUGUGAGAAGCGCUGCAGCGACAAGAGUAAUAACGGUGGCAGCCUCCUUCGCUGCGGUAGCUGCAAGGCGGUCUACUACUGCGACGCCACGUGUCAGCGGGCGCACUGGGCAUCUGCCCACCGUACACCGUGCAAGUGCUACAAGCAGCUUGUCGACGACAUUCAGGCGGAAUACGAGGCACUGAACAAGAAGCAGGGCGGCGGCGGCGGCAGCAGCAGAAAGAAGAAGCAGCAGCAGCAGCAGCAGAACACGGUGACGGUGUUAGAGGUGCCGCUUGAGCCGAGUCUCUUCUACGCGACACGGCGGUAUUUGUACGACCACCGCGACGCCUCAUUCUCAGAUGUGUCGUUUAUGGAUUACUUCAUGAAGUACACCGUGCGUGGGAGCUGA